GAUAAAUGAAGUGAUUAAAACUAAAUCUAUAUGCAGUUGAUAUUGCCUCGAUCUCUGUUGAGUCGCUGCACACACAAAUACAAGCACUAUUUUAAUUGGCUUGUAUCGUUGUAUCUUCGUUGAUAUAAUAUUGUUCUUUUUGAAAAAAAGUAUUAUUUUUGAUACGUCCUUCCAUGAUCCACCCACCAUAUUUUAAGCAUCGUACUAACUCGUAGCAAAACAAGUAUGCAAUGUUAUAUGGACACGUUGAGUCAUUUACAAUAAAUGAAAAAUAUGUAUGGACUUGCCAGAAGAGUGUAUGGUAGCAGAGUGCUGAAUAAUGCUCUGAAACUUUCCACAAAGCACCGUACAUGUGCAAACCACAAACGUAAGAUAGGUCCAAAUCAGCCUCAACCUGGUAGAAGGGGCAGACCUUUGACAGAUGAAAGUCGAGUGUGGGAAUUCAAUAACUGGGACAAUGUUGUAUGGGACUCUAGUCAGGAGGAAGAGGCAAGGAGGAAGACUCAGCAACAGCUGGCAGAAGCUCUCCCACAGGAGACCACAGAAAUGUAUGAAGAGAAGGCAGAUCAUUUCUGGGAUGAAUUCUACAACAUUCACACCAACAGGUUCUUCAAGGAUCGUCAUUGGCUGUUUGUUGAGUUCCCAGAGUUAGACUCAACCAAUGAAAAACCAGAAUCCAAGACAGCAGGAAACAUGGACGCAAGGGAUUAUGGGAAGACUGACUGCUCGGAUGUUGCCCAGGGAGUUGAGAAUAUCUCCCUGACACCGACUGAGCAUCAAGCAGAUACUGACAAGGAAGAAGUGUAUCCUGGAGAAAAUGCGGAUUUCAGAAUAUUUGAGGUUGGGUGUGGCGUGGGCAACACGGUCUUCCCCGUCCUGCAGACAAACAAUGACCCUAAGCUGAUGGUGUAUUGCUGCGAUUUCUCUUCCACUGCAAUUCAGAUUGUUAAGGAACACACAGACUGUGAUCCACGUCGCUGUACUGCCUUCGUCUGUGACAUCAGUGACACCAGCGCUGUACUCCCGAUGCCAGACAACAGCCUUGACCUUAUCAUCAUGAUCUUUGUCCUGUCGGCCAUCAACCCCCAGAAAAUGCAGUUUGUGAUUGAUCGGUUGUCCCGCCUCCUGAAGCCGGGGGGGCAGAUAUUGUUCCGAGACUAUGGCCGCUAUGACAUGGCGCAGCUGCGAUUCAAGAAAGGUCGAUGUCUGUCGGAGAACUUCUACGUGAGAGGAGACGGAACACGCGUCUAUUUUUUCACCCAAGAGGAGCUUCGUGACAUGUUCUCCAAGUGUGGCUUGGUGGAGAAACAGAACCUGAUUGACCGCCGGCUCCAGGUGAACCGAGGCAAGCAACUGAAGAUGUACCGGGUGUGGAUACAGUGUAAAUACCAGAAACCUGCACCGGCUGCCUGCACGACCCAGGAGUCGACUGAGGAGGUGGGAGAUGAGAGCCACCACGACAGGGCACAGUGUCCGGUAGACAAUGAAUCAGGAACAAGUUCUUGAUGACCUUGUGUUGGGGCCAGGUGUUGGGAGAUGAGAUGCCCCAGCACUGCAUGGAGAUGCCCCUUGAUAGAGCACAGUGUCCGGUAGACAAUGAAUCGGGAACAAGUUGUUGAUGACCUUGUGUUGGGGCCAGGUGUUGGGAAAUGAGAUGCCCCAGCACUGCUUGGAGACACCCCUUGAUAGAGCACAGUGUCCGGUAGACAAUGAAUCAGGAACAAGUUCUUGAUGACCUUGUGUUGGGGCCAAGUGUUGGGAAAUGAGAUGCUCCAGCACUGUAUGGAGACGCCCCUUGACAGGGCACAGUGUGCGGUAGACAAUGAAUCGGGAACAAGUUCUUGAUGACCAUGUGUUGGGGCCAGGUGUUGGGAGAUGAGACCCCAGUGCUGCAUGGAGAUGCCCCUUGACAGAGCACAGUGUCCGGUAGACAAUGAAUCGGGAACAAGUUCUUGAUGACCUUGUGUUGGGGCCAGGUGUUGGGAGAUGAGAUGCCCCAGCACUGCAUAGAGACACCCCUUGACAGAGCACAGUCUCCGGUAGACAAUGAAUCGGGAACAAGUUCUUGAUGACCUUGUGUUGGGGCCAGGUGUUGGGAGAUGAGACCCAAGCACUGUAUGGAGACGCCCCUUGACAGAGCACAGUGUCCGGUUGACAAUGAAUUGGGAACAAGUUCUUGAUGAACUUGUUUUGGGGCCAGGUGUUGGGAGAUGAGACGCCCCAGCACUGCAUGGAGACACCCCCUUGACAGCUCUCUCUCCGGAAGACAAGAAAUCGGGAACAAUUUCUUGAUGACCUUCUGUUUGGGCCAGGUGUUUGGAGAUGAGACGCGUCACAACUGUAUAAGAGACACCCCUUGAUAGGGCACAGCGUCCUGUAGACAAUGAAUCGGGGACAAGUUCUUGAUGACCUUGUGUUGGGGGCCAGGUGUCAGAGAUGCGACACCAGCACUGCAUGGAGACGCCCCUGACAGAGCACAUUGUCCUAUGAAUCAGGGACAAGUGACCUUGUGUGGGAGGUUAGGACAGUCUGAUGGCUGGUUCUGAUUUCAGAAAUCUGAACAAUUAGGGUAUUUGUGUGGAUGGCAGUUUUACCCUUGUUUCAGAUUUAUUUCAGAAGUAUUGUUCUGUAAGAAAGCUGGAACAGUAAGUUGUGGAACUGUCCAGACAGAGGGUGAUGCUAUGAUACUGAACUGUUACACAAUAUAGAUAAAAAGUAAAUCAGAUACCAAGUGGU